AUGAGCUCGAGCACGGACGCACCCGCUGCCUACCAGCCCCCGCCCGGGCGGGUCGGCAACCUGACCGAGACGCAGGAGGCGGCGCUCGCCCAGCUCAAGCAGGAGCUCGAGGCCGAGGGCAAGCUCGUCCCCGAGCGCAUGGACGACCCCACCCUCCUCCGGUUUUUGCGCGCGCGCAAGUUCGACGUCGAGAAGGCCAAGCUCAUGCUGCUCGAGUGCGAGAAGUGGCGGGUCGAGUUCGGCGUCGACGACCUCACCAAGAACUUCGACUUCAAGGAGAAGGAGGAGGUGGACAAGUACUACCCGCAGUACUACCACAAAACCGAUAAGGAGGGCCGGCCGAUCUACGUCGAGCGGCUCGGGAAGCUGGACAUCAAGGCCCUCUACGCGCUCACCUCCCAGGAGCGGCAGCUCCAGCGGCUCGUGUACGAGUACGAAAAGUUCCUGAACGACCGCCUCCCCGCCUGCUCCGCCGCCGUCGGCCACCCGGUCGAGACCUCGUGCACGAUCCUCGACCUCCAGAACGUCUCCCUCUCCGCCUUCUACUCCGUCAAGGACUACGUCGCCCAGGCGUCCAAGAUCGGCCAGGACCGCUACCCGGAGACGAUGGGCCGGUUCUACAUCAUCAACGCCCCCUGGGCCUUCUCCGCCGUCUGGACGGUCAUCAAGCCCUGGCUCGACCCCGCCACGGUCGCGAAGAUCGACAUCCUCGGCGGCGGCUACAAGGACAAGCUGCUCGCCGUCAUCCCCGUCGAGAACCUCCCCAAGGAGUUCGGCGGCACCUGCCAGUGCCCCGGCGGCUGCUCCCUCAGCGACGCCGGCCCGUGGAACGUGCCCAAGGCGGUGUGA